UUUAAUAAUUGUUAGGUUAAGAGACAAAAUGGUGAUGGAGAAUUAUAUAAAUCAGAACUUCCAUGCUGUGAAGUCAAAACAUUCAUCCGAGGAGGUAUUACAAAAAUGGAGGAGUUUGUGUCAUGUUGUCAAGAAUCCUAAGCGAAGGUUUCGUUUCACAGCCAAUCUUUCUAAGCGUAACGAGGCUGCUGCUAUGCGACGUACCAAUCAGGAGAAGUUGCGGAUUGCAGUUUUGGUGUCAAAGGCUGCAUUUCAGUUUAUACAAGGAGCACAAACCGGUGAUUAUCAGGUGCCAGAGGAAGUAAAAGCGGCUGGUUUUGACAUAUGUGCUGAUGAGGCCGGUUCUCUUGUGGAAGCUCAUGACCUUAAAAAGCUAAAAUCUCAUGGUGGAGUGGAGGGUCUUGCGGAAAAGCUUAAGACAUCAACCACCAACGGGCUUUCUAUUGAUCAUGAAGGACUAGCUCGUAGACAAGAAGUGUUUGGGAUUAACAAGUUUGCUGAAAGCCCACAACGGAGCUUUUGGGUGUUUGUAUGGGAAGCUCUUCAUGAUAUGACCCUUAUGAUACUCGCCAUGUGUGCCUUUGUUUCUUUGGUUGUUGGCAUAGCAACGGAAGGAUGGCCUGCAGGAGCUCAUGAUGGUCUCGGGAUUGUUGCAAGUAUUUUGCUAGUAGUGUUUGUAACAGCAACAAGUGACUAUCGUCAAUCUUUACAGUUUCGUGAUCUAGACAAAGAAAAGAAAAAGAUAUCUAUUCAAGUUACAAGGAGCGGGUACAGGCAAAAGUUGUCAAUAUAUGAUCUACUUCCUGGAGAUAUUGUACAUCUUUCAAUAGGAGAUCAAGUCCCUGCAGAUGGUCUUUUUCUUUCAGGUUUUGCAGUCUCUAUUGAUGAAUCAAGUUUAACAGGAGAGAGUGAACCAGUUAUGGUAAGUACCGAAAAUCCCUGGUUGAUGUCUGGAACCAAGGUCCAAGAUGGUUCAUGUAAAAUGUUGGUUACAACAGUUGGGAUGAGAACACAAUGGGGAAAACUUAUGGCCACUCUUAGUGAAGGCGGAGAUGAUGAAACACCCCUGCAGGUUAAGCUUAAUGGAGUUGCAACCAUUAUUGGAAAGAUAGGCCUUUUCUUUGCCAUAGUCACUUUUGCGGUUCUGGUGCAAAAAUUGGUUACUCGUAAGAUCUUACUAGGAACUCUAAAAAGUUGGUCAGGUGAUGAUGCUCUAGAAUUGUUAGAAUACUUCGCUAUUGCUGUUACAAUUGUUGUUGUUGCGGUACCAGAGGGUCUGCCUCUUGCUGUCACAUUAAGUCUUGCGUUCGCUAUGAAGAAAAUGAUGAACGACAAGGCACUUGUCCGCCAUCUAGCUGCCUGUGAGACUAUGGGGUCUGCAACAAGUAUAUGCAGUGAUAAAACCGGCACAUUAACGACAAAUAAGAUGACAGUUGUCAAGUCAUGCAUUUGUUUAGACGUCAAGGAUGUAACCAAACAAGGGAAACCUGAUAUCCCGGAUAAAGCAUUGAAGAUUCUUCUACAAUCAAUAUUCAACAAUACCGGGGGAGAAGUUGUGAAUAACAAACAAGGGAAGCAUGAGAUACUUGGAACACCAACAGAAGCUGCGAUUUUGGAGUUUGGGUUGUCACUUGGUGGUGAUUUCCAAGCCGAGCGUCAGUCAUCCACUGUUCUCAGAGUUGAGCCCUUUAACUCUUCAAAGAAACGAAUGGGGGUGGUGUUGAAGCUUCCGGAAGGAGGUGUAAGAGCUCACUGUAAAGGUGCUUCGGAAAUAAUAUUGGCUGCUUGUGAUAAGGUGGUCAAUGCAGAUGGAGAAAUCGUUGAUCUUAAAGAAGGGUCUCUUAACCAUUUAAAAAGUACAAUUGACCAAUUUGCGGGUGAAGCUCUUAGAACACUAUGUCUUGCUUAUGUAGAUUUGGACAAGAGUGUGUCUGCUGAAACUCCCAUUCCAUCAUCCGGAUAUACUUGUAUAGGAAUUGUGGGUAUCAAAGAUCCUGUCCGCCCAGGUGUCAAGGAGUCGGUCGCACUUUGUCGAUCAGCUGGUAUAACUGUUCGUAUGGUUACAGGGGACAACAUAAAUACUGCAAAGGCCAUAGCCAGAGAAUGUGGAAUACUCAGAGAUGAUGGAAUAGCGAUUGAAGGUCCAGAUAUCCGUGAAAAGAGUUUGGAUGAACUAGAUGAUCUGGUUCCCAAGAUUCAGGUGAUGGCUCGAUCUUCACCUCUAGAUAAACAUACGCUGGUGAAACACUUGCGGAUGACAUUUGGAGAGGUUGUAGCAGUCACGGGUGAUGGAACAAACGAUGCACCAGCACUUCAUGAAGCAGAUAUCGGGCUUGCAAUGGGCAUUGCUGGAACUGAAGUAGCCAAAGAGAGUGCAGAUGUUAUAAUUCUGGAUGAUAAUUUCUCUACAAUUGUAACUGUUGCCAAAUGGGGACGAUCUGUCUACGUUAACAUACAAAAAUUUGUACAAUUCCAGCUGACUGUCAACAUUGUUGCUUUAAUGGUCAACUUCACCUCAGCUUGUUUGACAGGGAGCACUCCCCUGACGGCUGUUCAACUGUUGUGGGUGAACAUGAUCAUGGAUACACUGGGCGCAUUGGCACUAGCUACCGAGCCUCCAAAUGAUGCACUAAUGGAAAGGACUCCGGUUGGAAGGCAAGGGAAUUUCAUUAGCAAUGUUAUGUGGAGGAAUAUCUUCGGGCAGUCUUUGUACCAAUUUGUAGUAAUAUGGCUGCUUCAGUCAAAAGGGAAAGCAUUUUAUGGCCUGUAUGGACAAAAUUCAGAUUUGAUCCUCAACACACUAAUAUUCAACUCGUUUGUCUUCUGUCAGCUUUUCAAUGAGGUUAACUCUCGAGAAAUGGAGAAAAUAGAUGUGCUGAAUGGCAUAUGGAACAACAACGUAUUUGUGAGCGUUCUCAGUGCAACGGUCAUCUUCCAGGUCUUAAUAAUCGAGUUUCUGGGUAAUUUUGCAAAUACAACACCCCUGACGAUGAUGCAAUGGUACUAUAGCAUUUUGACUGGAUUUUUGAGCAUGCCCAUUGCUGUAAUCUUGAAGAUGAUCCCUGUUUGAGUUCUCUUGCAUCAGGAAAAGCAGUAAAAUGUGUUUUGAUCUCUUAGCUUGCUCAAAGGUUGUUAGAUUUAGAAGUGUGUUCUUUCUAUCAAGGUAAUAUAUUAAUCUGAACAGGUACGACGUGAUCAUAGCUUUUGUGUUAAGUCCGUCCAGUAGAUAAAUAGAGUGAAUGAAAAGAAUUGUGUGCUCUGUGAGAUCUCAGAUUUCAUUUUCGUUUUUAGGCAUUUUCAACCCACAUUUGACUCGAGGCAAAUAUCUUGACGAUGAACCAAUUUGUGUA